AGGAGGAGCAGAGGGCGGGGCGGGGAGGAGGGAGGGAGAUCUGGGUCCCGAGUUCCCUAGUGAGUGCGUGCGCGCCCCAGCCGAGCCGCGCGCUGCUGCGGUUUUCUUCUCUGCGUGCUUCUCCGAGAGCCAGGAUCUUGUGCUGUGAAGAUGUUUCCAAAGUGAAGAUGCUGCCCAUUAACCAGCAAUUCUGACCCACUGAGCCUGGAAAAAGAAGACUGUGAGGUCUGGAAGGUUGGUCUUGUCCUGCUCACUGCGGACCUGGGGAGACUUGGCCUUCUCCAUGGCACACCGGCUGCCACUUCGUCUACUGACAUGGGAUGUGAAGGACACACUGCUGAGGCUCCGCCGCCCUGUAGGAGAGGAAUAUGCUGCCAAGGCCCGGGCCCAUGGGCUGGAGGUGGAGGCCACAGCCCUGGGACAAGCCUUUGGGCAAGUGUACAAGGCUCAAAACCACAAAUUCCCCACCUAUGGCCUGAGUCGUGGCCUUACAUCCCGCCAGUGGUGGCAGGAUGUGGUCCUGCAGACCUUCCACCUGGCAGGUGUGCGGGAUGCCCAGGCAGUAGCCACUAUUGCUGACCAGCUCUAUAAGGACUUCAGCAGCCCCCAUACCUGGCAGGUAUUAGAGGGGGCUGAGACCACCCUGAGGAGGUGCCGAAAGCGGGGUCUCCAGCUGGCAGUGAUCUCAAACUUUGAUCAACGUUUAGAGGAUAUCCUGGUGGGUCUGGGACUGCGGGAACAUUUUGACUUUGUAUUGACCUCUGAGGCUGCUGGCUGGCCCAAGCCAGACCCCCGUAUUUUCCACAAGGCCUUGCAGCUUGCUCAUACAGAAGCAGCAGCAGCAGCCCACAUUGGGGACAGUUACCGCUGUGAUUACCAGGGAGCUCGGGCUGUAGGCAUGCAGAGUUUUCUGGUGGUUGGUCCAGAGCCUCUGGACCCCAUUAUCAGGGACUCUGUACCUGAAGAAUAUAUUCUCCCCUCACUGUCUCAUCUCCUGCCUGCCCUUGAGCAGGGUUCAGCCCCUGGGCUGUGAGUCUGGUGAGGAAGAUCCCUGGGCCUAAAUCAACUCUGGAGUCAGGGUGCCCCUUCUUUCUCCCAGAUGUGGGCCGGGUUCCUUCCUGUACAGCCGUCUAACUUGUUCUGAGUAAAGGAGGGCUGAGUGUUGGCUCUUGCCCACCAACCAGCUACACUCUGUGAGCUUGAUCAUUCUCAUUCACACCUGUGGCCCUUUGCUACCAUGAACCUCCCUCACCUCCACCCAUGUUCACUUUUGAGGGCUAGGGGUAGCACAGUGGCAGCAUGCUUGCUUAGUGUGUGUGAGACCCUGAGUGUGAACACUAGCAGUGGAAACCAGAACGGCAUUUUUGAUCUUUUAGUAGUAUUGUCAUUGGGAGUCUGAACUCCACUGUCAAAAUAAACAGAGUUGAAGCAAAA